GGCCCCGCCUCUCCCGCUCGCGACCGUAUGAUUUCAUGUCAAAGCAUGAACAAGGGAAGCUGCACGCUGUCACUGAAGACGGAAAUACCGGUUUAAUAAAUGGCGAAAACUUACGAUUACCUGUUCAAGCUGUUGCUGAUCGGAGACAGCGGAGUGGGGAAAACAUGCCUGCUGUUCAGAUUCAGCGAGGACGCCUUUAACACCACCUUCAUCUCCACUAUCGGAAUAGAUUUCAAAAUCAGAACCAUUGAGCUGAACGGGAAGAAAAUCAAGCUGCAGAUAUGGGACACGGCAGGACAGGAGAGAUUUCGGACGAUCACCACGGCCUACUACAGAGGAGCUAUGGGCAUUAUGUUGGUGUAUGACAUCACCAGCGAGAAGUCAUUCGAGAACAUUAAAAACUGGAUACGCAAUAUUGAGGAGCAUGCAUCGUCUGACGUAGAGAAGAUGAUCCUGGGGAAUAAAUGUGACAUGAACGAACGGAGACAGGUGUCCAAAGAGAGAGGAGAGAAACUGGCAAUUGAUUAUGGGGUCAAGUUUCUGGAAACAAGUGCGAAAACCAGCAUAAAUGUUGAAGAGGCCUUCUUCACCCUCGCCAGAGACAUUAUGGCUCGACUCAACAGAAAAAUGAAUGAUGGUGGUCAAGCUGACGGCGGCGGGCCGGUGAAGAUUUCAGAGAAGCGCUCCAAAAAGCACAGCAUCUUCAAAUGUGCUCUGCUGUAAGAGUCCUGCAGCGAGGAGAUUCACUCUGCCGCAGCCAGAAACGCUCCUGCUGGUGUAACAAAUCACAGCAGCCCUGCAAAAGAGCCGCAAAACCAGGCUCCAGAACGGGCCAAGGCUCGCGUUUCCAAGCCCUCAACGUCAAGAUGAAACCGAGGAGUGAUACCGUUUCACUCGGUAGAGUCACAAUAGGAGACCAUUCCUUUGUUGUGUGUUGAUCGUGUCGACAGGUAAUGGAUCAAAUAUGGUUUUGAUGUUUCUUUUGCCAAAUAUUCUAUAUGGGCACAGCACACCCCGUCUUAAAACAUUUGCUGCUGAAGGCUUCGAUGUAUCGCAUACAGUGUUUCUCAAUUAGUUUGUGUGUUUUAUGGUCUUUUAUACACUGUGUUACUCCACUGGUUUAAAAAUGUAAGAUAAGACGUGUAAAAUGAAAAAUGGCAGUGAGUUAAAAGCACUUUACAUGUGUUUUCAUUCAGGCACAUGUCCAUGUAUAGCACAGAUCGACAUCAGGUAGUGCAUGAUGCAUACCUGCCAACACUCCAGUGUUUCCCGGGAGUCUCCCGUAUUUCAGGCCCAUCUCCCGCCACCCUCCCAUUUUGUUAUUUCUUCCGGAAAGCUCCCGUAAUAUCAAAAAUCCCCCCUGCCCCCUCAGAAUUUUGGUACGGUCUGUGAAACCCCCGGGUCACCAACAUUGGAAUAGGAUCUGAUCGCAGAGGCCGCCCAAAACACGAUUCAGCAGUUACUAACACCACAGUACACAGAACCCGGUUCUCAACAGUCUUAUUCAGACACCUCACCCCCGAAACCCCCCUAGUCUCCCGGAUUUUCAGGGACAAAUGUUGCCAGGUAUGUCAUGAUGGUCAGGUAUCAAAAGGGAACAACACGUCUUACUAGGCAAAAAUCACAGACACUCAAAGAUGUGUGUGUCAGACUGCACGUCAUGAUUUUGCCAAGUACAAUGUGAUCCUGGAUUAACAUCUACGUUAAUACUGGAACAGGGUCGCCGCUGGCCGGUACGGCCCCUAUGACAACAUUCUGAUGGGGGCUGUUGUGGACAAGUGAAGAGCGGGGGUGGGAUGGGAGGUUGAAAGGCUGUCAUGGACAAAAGCGAAGAAGGGGGUAAGGUAUCACAGAUGAAAUUGAAGACCUGGGAGGUGGGUAUUGCAAAUGAAAUUGAAGAGCUAGGGUGGGGUUUCGGGUUUAAUUGAGCACCCUAAAGGCUGAUUUCUACUUUGUCGAGUGAUCUGCGUGACCCACGGAGCCUGCCUUGCGCAUAGUCGUGCAUUUAUACUUCUGCGCUCAUCAGUGCUACUCAGCUGACCAAUCACAGAGCUUGCGCUACAUUUUUUGAGAGGCGGGCGUCAGCAUCAGCCAUGAUGGUGAGGGCCAGUGCUUAAUUUGAGCUGGAUCCUGUUCCGGAAAAUGUCUGAUAUUCGUGUUUUGCAUUCUAGUAUUAAUUUUAAUGGAUCCGGCAUUAAUUUGUCUCAUAAUCAGUCUCAUUGGUUGGGGAUUGUUGUUUCGCGCGCAGUGAUGAGCGAAAACAAAUAAUGCCAUAGUGGCCUACCUAAAUACUUGUAUUUUCAAAAUGGCAAAGAGGCAGUCACCCAUAUUUCCAUUUUUUAAAACCACGAGUAAAUCUGAUAAUGAGAAUCAUAAGAGAUCCUGAGUAGAUGAAACUGCACGAAUGGAUCAGGAUAGCGGGAGAAAGAAGCAAAGCGAUCUCAAUUCAGCCAGAAAACAUGACAGAAGAUGUAACUGAGGGCUCUUCUUGAAGAUUAGACUGAGUGAGUCAAUUAAUUAUUUGUAUUUCACUUGGCACAUAAUAGUGAACUGAAUAGUGAUUGUUCAUACGAUUUAUCCUUGCAGCUAAAUGUUUUUAUUAACGAUGACUGACCUAUAACGUUAUAUCGCACACAAAAUAAUCGACCGUUCAGAAAUGUGACGUUUUUUUUUGCGCGUCAUGUUCCGGGAAAACUGAAAUUGUGUGGCGGAUGUCAGUCAUAGUAGGUUUUACUUCCUGGUUUUGUUCCGGGAAUUAAUAAAUUAUUUACAAAUUAAGCACUGGCGAGGGCUAUGCAACUGCGUGAAGGUUGCGGCGGACCAUAUGUGUGCACUUUACGCAGAAGUAUAAAUCAGCCUUAAUAGUUACUCUGGGGGCUUCAAAAUGGCGUGGGCCCUUAGAUUCAUCCUAAAAUAAUUUUUGUUGGAAAAUGUUAUUCAAACCUAUUCCCCACCCUUAAACCCAACCAUAACUGUAACUUAUUUCCAAAAUCAGAGGGGAGUAAUAGUUGGAUAACAGUCAUGUAGAAGUGCAGAAACCUAACCGUAAGCCUAGACAUAAACGGUAAACAUAUCCCUGAAUUCUGAUUGGCUAAUUUGAAUGUUGUUCCAGGAUCAACAUAGAUGUUAAUCCAGGACCAUGUCCUAGUGGGUGAAAUCAGGUUGGCGGUGUCGGACUUGAGAACCAACAGUAUUAAAGGGGUAGUUCAUGCAAAAAAAGAAAAUUUGUUCUUAAUUUUGUGACCUUUAGAUCUCUUUAUUAAUUAUUUAUUUGCUAUUUUUUUAAGCUAAAAUCAUAAUUCUUGGUGAAUUUUUGUUUAAAAAAAACAUAUACAGGCAAAACAAAAGCAAUUCCUAUGGCUAAUGAUGAUAGAUUGUGGUUUUAUGAUCACAAGAAACUACACAUAAUUCAUUCAUUUUUCUUCGGCUCAGUCCCUUAUUUAUCAGGGGUCGCCACAGCGGAAUGAACCGCCAACAAUUUGCCAGAAUUGUUUAUGUUUUAUGCAGUGGAUGCCCUUCCAGCCGCAACCCAGUACUGGGAAACACUCAUACACACUCAUUCACACACACUCAUACACUACGGCCAAUUUAGUUCAUCCAAUUCACAUACGUCUUUGGGCUUGUGUGGCAAACUGGAGCACCCGGAGGAAACCCACGCCAACACAGGGAGAACAUGCAAACUCCACACAGAAAUGCCAACUGACCCAGACAGAACUCGAACCAGCGACGUUCUUGCGGUAAUGUGACAGUGCUAACCACUAAGCCACCGUGCCACAACUACGUAAUUUACAUUAUUAUUUCUAAUCAUCAUUUCACAUUUUUUUAUAUAAGCAUAUAAGAUUUACUGAAGAAAAAGUAGUCACCUUGAUUUUUUUAUUUGUUUAUUUUUUGGGUGUAUGAACUGUCCCUUUUAGAAAAUAAAUCAUGCCUUUGAUGAUUGGUCUUAGAGCUAUAAAAUAAGGGUCAUAUAUGUAAAUUAAAUUCUGUCCAGCAUUUGUGACUUGUGAAUAUAUAUUUUUUUCAACAUGAUGAUCAUUAACUGUUGGUAUUAAUCUCAGGCUGUUUGGCCCGUGUGAAGAUGUGUCCUCUAACCCAGUGUUUCCCAACCCUGUUCCUGAAGGCACACCAACAGUACACGUUUUCAAGCUCUCCCUAAUCCAACACACCUGAAUCAACUCACCAGAACAUUAGAAGAGACUCCAAAACCUGAAGUGAAUGGGUGAGAUAGGGGAGACCUCCAAAAUAUGUUCUGUUGGUGUGCCUCCAGGAACAGGGUUGGGAAACACUGCCAUUGACGGAGCUUUUUUCAAUUUCAAUUUGAUACGUCUUGCCUUUUCAGCUCUUUGUAUAUUUAGUUUGAUUGAAUAUAUCCAGUGCAUUUUUAAUAUCUACAUUCAUUUUGUACAAGUAAUUUUAUUUACUGUUUACAUUUUCUUUCUCACCGUAGGCUCUUAAAACAAAUGUAUAGUUGCCAAAAAAGUGUGUGUUGUUUGCUUGUACUGUCAAUGUCGUCAUUUCAGAGUGAAUGCUACUGGUUAAACUGGUUAUGUGAGACAUUUCGGUCUCCAAUUGAAACCGCACUAAAGACUUUGUGCAAAAAAAGUAGUACAGAUUACAGCAAUAAAAAAAAUACUUCAUCUACUUGUGCUAAUACUGGGAACGUAAUGCCUUGGAUCUGUUUUUAUGAAUUUGUCAUACUUUUAAUGUGUCGAUGAUCAACAUAUCACUUCAGCGAAUGUAGCAUGACCACUGAUAUUCAGAUGGGACCAUUGUUAUGCAUGUGUUUUCUUUCAUAUCUGAGAUUGUGCGACCGCUAUUUGUGUUAAUGGACAUAUAACCUGUUUCCUGAAGAAAAGCUACUGUGCGCUCAUUUAAAUGUGUUAAAAACUUAAAGAAAUGUGAACGAGAAUUUUAAGUGUGGCUUUAUUAACUGUAGAAUUUUAUACAACAUAGUAAAAUACUUCAUAAACCUUCAUUUUUUCUUUCA